UCGCGUUUAGAAUUUAGGGUUUUGUCGAAACGAAUCCAGGCUGUAUUAACAUGAUAGCAUUGACUCAAAUCUGAACGGCAUGGAUACGUUUUCGCUAUGAUAAGCGAAGGAUCGUCAUAGCUGGAAAGGAGUCCUGUUCGUGUUUCUAUGUUACUUUGCAGCAAUUCCACAUGAUGCUAAGAUUGUAGAGAAACUUGACUCAGUAGAAUGUCAAAUCCAAGGCUUAUCUUUGUAAUCGUGGUAUUGGUUUUGUUGGACAGCAAUGUUUAUGGGCGUCACUGGAUCCCAAAGUCGCACGAUGUUGUUCAUGGGGUACGAAUAGGUCAUAUUGAAGACAUAAAGAAUCAACCGUUUAGCCAAAAGCUACGUUUCCAAGUGCACUAUGAUGCGAGUGUGAAUAUUUUGUCAUUAGCCAAGCAAAAGCUUAUUAAACAGCGAUUAAUACCUUCAGCCGUAAACUACUUCCACUUGACAUACUCUGUGCGCACGACGAAGGAACAUAUCAGGUUGCAGUGGAUGUGUAAAGAUAACUCGUACUUUCUGAAAGAUAGCCAAGGUAAAAAUGGUGGCGAUAUACAAUACUGCAAAGGUAAAUGCAUUGCCACAACAUGUGGACCUGUCAAAGUACCAGAAUCAUUUUUAGAUCAUUGUAGGAUUUGCAACGAAUAUGGAUAUGAUUGCAAAAUUAAAGACAAAAACACGGAGAAAAAGCAGCCAACAGUUAACUCUGAUUUCAUUUUGUUUGUAUCAGCAAUACCUACACAGCACUGUCAUGAGUCGAACAUCGUAGCAUAUGCAUCGUACUGCCAACAGGAAAAUGCGUUAAAUCGACCCGUUGCUGGGUUUGCAAAUCUUUGUCCAAGCAAACUCGAAACUGAUGCACAAAAUUUUGAAAAUUUGCUUGCUACAGUGAAACAUGAAAUUUAUCACGCUUUGGGCUUCAGCAUUGGACUGUUCGGGUUUUACAGGGACAAAAACGGCAAACCACUCGUUCAGCGAGACAAACAUGGACUCCCCGCUUAUGAUAACACAACCAAGCUUUAUCGAUGGAAUGAAAAGAUACUAAAAAUGGUGGUGCGUAGCAAGUGGAGCAUAUCAGGUGGUCACAAGGAGCAUCAAGUGCAAAUGAUUGUCACCCCGAAUGUCAAAAGGGAAGUGCGGAGGCAUUUCAAAUGCCCAGACCUCGAAGGAGCUGAACUUGAAAACCAAGGCGGGGAAGGCACUGCGCUGACGCAUUGGGAGAAAAGAGUGUUUGAGAACGAGGCAAUGACUGGCACUUACACCCAGCAUCCAGUGUUUUCAAGGAUAACAUUGGCUUUGAUGGAGGAUACUGGUUGGUAUAAAGCAAACUACAGCAUGGCCCAGGAUCUUGACUGGGGGAAAGGUCUAGGUUGUAAAUUUGUAAAGAACAAUUGUCGAGCAUGGAUUGCCGACAGAAUAAGUAAAAAGCUUUCAACAGCUCCAUUCUGUGCCACUUUGAAACAGUCUCCCCUGCAUAUGAAGUGUACCCAUACAAAACUGUCCCUUGCUCUCUGUAACCUUGUGAAGUACACAAGCAACCUGCCAAAAGAGUUCAGAUAUUUUGAUAGACUGGGGAAAACAGCUGUCAAUGAUAUCUCAACUUACGGAGGAGCGGUGGAACUAGCAGAUUUUUGCCCCUUUUACCAGAAGUUCACUCUAACCGAUGAAACUGGGCACAAGCGUGGCACUACAUGUACACUUUCCGAAAAUUCGCCAGAACGUGACAAAAAUUACGCCCUCGAAAUGUACAGUAAAAGGUCGAAAUGCAUUGAGCAUGGCCGACAUUGGACGGCACGCAAAGGCUUAUUGACACGGACUAUGUUGGACUGGGGGAGUGGUUGCUAUAAUCACAAAUGCACGAGAAGUGGCCUGGUACUCAUUGUUGGUGAAAGAGGCUAUCAUUGUGAAUACGAGGGACAACGACUAGAAAUAACUGGACUUAUGAAUGACUGGAAAGUUAACGGUUCGCUGAUUUGCCCACCAUGUGAAGAAUUUUGUGAAAAGGAUAAAUGUCAAAACCAAAAGACGUUCUUGAAUUUGAAAGGUGACAGCCCUAUCGAGCUUGAAGAAAAAGAAAAUGUUCUCGUCAUUGAAAAUGCUGGCAACAAUGUUGGCUUUAAUUUGGCGAUAUUGAUAUUCAUUCCUAUUCUAGGGCUUGUAUUGAAUAAUUUUGUCUUAAAUUAGACUAAAUUUUUUUACAUUGGUAAAUUAAACACUACCAUCAAACUGUUUGAUUUCAUUCUGAGUUAAAAUCUCUUUGUGUUCAAAAAAGGCCAAAAAUUGCAGGAUAAACUGAUUCUUAUUCCAAAUUUAAAGAAAUUUGAAUUUAUCAAAA